CAUGGCGGGCUGUGGAGAGCUGGACCGCUCGCCGAAUAACUCGUCUUCCUCCAAGCUGAUCGAGGAAGACUCCUGCCCCUCCGACUCCUCCUCCUCCUCCCAAGAAUGCGCCAUCUGCCUGCAGAGCUGCGUCCAUCCGGUCCGCCUGCCCUGCUGCCACGUCUUCUGCUUCCUGUGCGUUAAAGGCGCCUCCUGGCACAGCAAACGUUGCGCUCUGUGCCGGCAGCAGAUCCCCGAGGACUUCCUGGAGCGGCCGGUGCUGCUGUCGCCCGAGGAGCUGAAGGCGGCGGCUUCUGGUUUGAGCCGAGGCGGGGCGGCCGGAGAGUCCCGCGGAGACUUCGCCUGGUACUACGAAGGACGCAACGGCUGGUGGCAGUACGACGAGAGGACGAGCCGGGAGCUGGAGGAGGCCUUCGCUAAGGGCAGGAAGAGCACCGAGAUGCUGAUCGCCGGCUUCCUGUACGUAGCCGACCUGGAGAACAUGGUGCAGUACCGCAGGAACGAACACGGACGCAGGCGCAAGAUCAAGAGGGACGUGGUGGACAUCCCAAAGAAGGGUGUGGCCGGGCUGAGGCUGGAGCCGAACCCGCCGCCUCUCUCAGAACGAGUCAGUUCGGCCGACGGCUCGGACUCUGCCGGCCAAUCACAGUCUUCCUUCGGCAUCCUGGUGUCUCUUCCCCCUGUUAGACCUCAGACUCUGCUGGGACGACACCUCUCCAGCCCUCUGUCUCCACCUCCGUCCACUCUGGAGGAAUCCUUCUCUCAGCUGCUGAUCGGCCAGCCGGAGGGCGAGGAGGUGGACGGAGAGUACGAGUUCGCCUCAGGCAGCAGCGAGGAUGAGGAGAAAGAGAGGGAAGAACCGACAGCUCAAAGAAGACCGAGCCAGCCGACCAGAAUCCCUCCCAGAGGCCGACCGUCCAGCUCUGCUCUGAGUCUUCGCUCUCGGAGUCCGGAUGGCGAGUGUACUGUGACCGAAGUGUGACGGGACAGACUUUAAACUCAUCAGUUCAGCAAAAAAAAACAUCUCUGAAGGUCCCAGGAAGGAAAACCACCCCUGUGGGUGAUCAAUCAUGUGCCAAAUAUGAUCCUAGUAUGCAUUAGACUUGUUUUUACAUCACAGUAAUCUUAAGUUAAUCAAAAAUCUCCAUCCAGUUUGAUGAAAUCGUCAUCUUUAUUAGUUUGUAGGAGGCUCAGUCAGCGCUGCACUCCAUCCGCUGUUGUGUUUGAUUUAAAUAUAGCUAACACUUUAGACCUUUAUCAUGUUUUAAGGCCUUUAGAAACUGGUUCAAGUCUUGUGUUUUUGAACAAAUAAUCAACUUUUUGGUCAGAAUCACCAUCUUUCGCUGCCUGUGAGAUAAAGAGCUGCAACGAUUGAUUAGUUGUCAUCUGUUCAAUUAAUUAGCAAUUAUUUUCUUAACUGAUUAAUUAGUUUGAGUGAAAUCAAGUUACUUUCCACCAAAGGAAACGAGUUCUAGACGUUUAGGUCUGCUUUAUAGACAUCUUUUGAUAUUUUUGCAUUAAAAUAACCACUAAGAUGCUCAAUUUUAGUCUAAAAACAUUCCUCCAAAUAAGGGAUGUCAACAAAGGAAGGAUCCAGAACGACAGAAUUAUAGAUUAUAAACAUUAAAGCUGCAAAAUUGAAUCAAUCAGUUGUAAGUUGGAAGGUAAACCCCAAUUAAUUCUAUUUUUCCAAGAGAAAAAGUCAAAAUUUUGUGAUUCCAGCUUCUUAAAUGUGAAUAUUUUCUGGUUUCUUUCCUCCUCUAUGACAGUAAACUGAAUAUUUUUGGGUUGUGGACAAAAAGUACCAAUAAGUGGAAUUAUGCAGAAUAUCGGAUCGAAUAAUUGCCUGAUUCUGACCAUUUUUAUAUCAUUUGGAUCACUUCUUUGUCAGCUAUUGAAUUAUUUGCUGACUGUUUUGAUAGGAAUUUAGUUUUGGACAUUUUUAAAGUCUAAAUUCUGUGAUUUCACCUUCUUAAAUGUGAAUAUUUUCUAAUUUCUUCUUCAAUGACAGUAAGCUGAAUAUUUUUGAGUUGUAGAUAGAAAAAAUAAA